AUGAAGUUUUCAACCAUUGAAGGGGUCGGAGAAGUUAGGGGAGACCAAGUUGUUGCUAGAAGGUGUUACAAUACAUCUUUGAAGAAGUGCCCAGAGUCAGCACUAUUAAUGAUCGGUAGUUUGGCUGAUGAGCGGAAGAUGCAGUUGAGGAAGGAGCCAGCCGAGCCAUUAAUUGAUAUACCUAUAGCUGAAGGAAAGGUUGUCGAGAUUGGUUCGCAGCUGGCUCCUGGAAUUAAAGAAGCCCUUGUUCGGUUUCUCCAGCAGAACCUUGAAGUUUUUGCAUGGUCUCCUGAAGACAUGCCUGGGAUUGACCCCAAGGAUAUUGUUCAUCACUUGAACAUUGAUCCAAAGGUCAAACCAGUAAAGCAGAAGCGAAGGAAGUUUGCCCCCGACAGAAACAUGGCGAUAGCCGAGGAAGUGGGAAAACUACUGAAGGCGCAGUUCAUUGAAGAGGCUCAUUACCCCGAUUGGCUAUCCAACGUAGUAAUGGUUAAGAAGUCAUCUGGGAAGUGGAGGAUGUGCGUAGAUUUUACCGAUCUCAACAAAGCUUGCCCGAAGGACAGCUUUCCAUUACCCCAUAUUAGCUCCUUAGUUGAUGCAACAGCAGGGUAUGAGUUGCUGAGCUUCAUGGACGCCUUUUCAGGCUAUAAUCAGAUUUUCAUGCAUCCAUCUGAUCAAGAGAAGACAGCAUUCAUUACCGACCGAGGCUUGUAUUGCUACAAGGUCAUGCCAUUCGAUCUAAAGAAUGCCGGUGCAACUUACCAAAGGCUAGUAAACCGAAUGUUUCAGGAACAGAUUGGGAAGAAUAUGGAGGUUUAUGUUGAUGACGUGCUGGUCAAAAGCAAGCUGCAGAUGGACCAUGUUACCGACUUGCAAGAGGUGUUCAAAACAUUGGAACGUUUUAAGAUGAAGUUGAACCCUACAAAGUGUGCAUUCGGAGUUUCAUCUGGGAAGUUCCUCGGUUAUAUGGUGUCUAGCCGAGGGAUUGAAGCUAAUCCAGAGAAGAUCCAGGCGGUAUUGGAUAUGCAAUCUCUGAAGAAUGUGAAGCAGGUACAGCAAUUGACAGGAAGAAUUGCAGCCUUGAAUAGGUUCAUCUCUCGGUCAACAGAUAAGUGCCUUCCAUUUUUUAAGAUUUUACGCAAGGCUUUCGAAUGGUCUGAAGAGUGCGAACAGGCAUUCGAACAGCUUAAAAGGUAUUUGAUCAGUCCGCCUCUCCUCAGCCGAGCUGUUCCUGGUGAAAUAUUGUAUCUAUACUUGGCAGUAUCACCUACUGCUGUCAGUGCGGCCUUGAUCCGGGAGGAAGAAGGAGUUCAAAAGCCAGUCUACUUCAUCAGCCGAGCACUGCAUGGCGCUGAGGAAAGAUACGUACAAAUGGAGAAACUUGCUUUCGCCUUAGUAAUUGCCUCCAGGAAGCUCCGACCGUACUUCCAAGCUCAUACAAUCAAUGUCCUAACCAAGUAUUCAUUAAAGAAAGUACUUCGGAAGCUGGAUUUGUCUGGUCGGCUGGUCAACUGGGCAAUCGAAAUUAGUGAAUUCGACAUUCACUUUGUCCCACGUAAUGCUAUCAAAGGUCAAGCCUUGGCAGACUUUGUGGUAGAAUUCACCAACAUUCAGGACCAAGAAGAUUGGCCGAAAGAGAGCACAUGGGUAAUUUAUGUGGAUGGUUCGUCUGCCAAAAGAAACGGUGGAGCCGGGGUCGUAAUAAUUACGCCAGAUGGUAGAGAGUUGAAGAGCUCAUUGAGGUUGGAAUUCAAAACUACCAACAAUGAAGCCGAGUAUGAAGCUGUAAUAGCUGGGCUCGGUUUAGCUCAAGAGCUAGAAGCAGAAUUGGUGGAAGUUCGGAGUGAUUCACAAGUUAUAGUCGGCCAUAUUCGCGGCGAGUUUGAGGCUAAAGGCACCAAUAUGAAACUCUACUUGUCCAAAAUUCAGGGUAUGCUGAAAUCUUUUAAGAAGUUUUGCAUUGUCAAAAUCCCAAGGGAAGAGAACGAGAAGGCCGACCAUUUGGCCCGUUUAGGCUCUUCGACCGAGUCUGAGGUAGGAGAAUCCGAACAGAUAAUACAAGUUCAGCAACAGCCUUCUAUCGCCGAGAAGGUUUUUAUUCUAACCAUCGAGGUUGUGCCUGCUUGGGCUGAAGAAAUUGUUGGUUUCCUUCAAAGAGGAAUUUUGUCGGGGGAGAGGAGAAAGGCUGUACGGUUGAAACAAAAGGCUGCUCGGUUCACACUGGUCAAUGGAGCUCUUUUCAAGCGAGGCUUCAUGUUACUACUCCUUAAAUGUGUCUCAAAGGAAGAGGGAAAUUAUGUUCUUCGAGAGAUUCAUGAAGGAGUCUGUGGCAGUCACUCAGGACCCCGCAUCUUGGCUCACAAAGCGGUAAGAGCAGGAUUCUUCUGCCCAAGCAUGAACCAGGACUCCAUAAAUAUUGUCAAAACUUGUAAUAGCUGUCAGCGUUUUGCCAAUGCUAUCAAACAACCCCCAGAAGAACUGAGCUCGGUUUCAUCACCAUGGCCAUUUUCACAAUGGGGGGUAGAUAUAGUAGGGCCAUUACCUACAGGAAAAGGAGGAGUUCGGUUCGUGGUGGUCGCUGUAGACUAUUUCACCAAAUGGGCAGAAGCCGAAGCUCUGGUGAAUAUUACCGCUAAGAACAUCGAGAAAUUUCUUUGGAGAAGUGUCAUUUGUCGAUAUGGGAUUCCUCACGCAUUCGUCACUGACAAUGGUAAGCAGUUUGACUGUGAGUGCUUUCGGAGUUGGUGUGCCGGACUUCAUGUUCGGCAAUACUUCUCAUCUCCGGGACAUCCUCAAGCGAAUGGACAGGUAGAAGCAACGAACAAAACCAUAUUCAAGAUUCUAAAGAAGAAGCUCGGCCAGCAUAAGGGUGAAUGGUCAGAAAAUCUUCCCGAAGUUCUAUGGGCAUACCGCACAACCAGAAGGACUCCAACCGAGGAGACUCCUUUCGCUUUAGCCUACGGAACCGAGGCUGUCAUUCCUGCCGAGGUCGGAUCAGGAAGUUUUCGAGUGGAUACAUUCAACCCUAAUUUCAACGACGAAGGUCUAAAGUUACAUUUAGAUUUGCUGCAAGAAAAACAAGAUCAGGCCCAGGUUACAAUGGCAGCAUAUCAACAAAGGGUAGCUCGGUAUUUUAACCGACGAGUGAAGCAUCGAAGUUUCAAAGUCAGAGAUUUGGUUUUGAAAAAGGUCACCUUGGCAACCAAAGACGCAACCGAGGGAAAGCUCGCACCAAAUUGGGAAGGACCAUAUCAGGUGAUCAAGUGUGGCAAAGCAAGAGCUUACCACCUUGCAAACUCCGAAGGAAAACAACUUCAACGACCAUGGAAUGCCGAACAUCUUAAGAAGUAUUUUGUAUAA